AUAAUGCCAUAAAAAGAAAUUUGGGACAUUGUCCAUCACAUGUUAAUAUGAAUGAACUGCAUUGCUUUGUAAACACAAAAAGGUUAAUAAUAGCAAGAACAAGAUGUGCUCAAGUUGGGCUUUUGGGAGCUUUUUUCAAAUUUAUUUUAAGACUAUAGAAUAACAAUUUGAAUUUGUUGAACUUUGUCCAACUUAUAACUAAACAUUUGACCUCACACUUACAUCGGGCUUCUCUUACAAAACUGCAAAAGUGACUAAGCUAACUCACACUGAGUGAAAUGACCAUCAAGUCACAUGCUGCAGAGCGCUGCUUAUGAAAUCCACACUCCAGUACAUAAUAAUGAACAGUGGGCCUCUUGUGUGUGCAUUGAGCUGCCCCACAGUGACACUAAUCUUUACUGGUUGCAGUUUUCAUUCUUAGCAGUCUUGAAUUUGUCAAGAUUCACUAUAAAAAUACAAUGACUUCAACCCUGAAGAGAAUAUACCACAUCACAACAUUUAGCUGGUAUGCUUUUGUUGUGAAGAGCCUCGCUGCAAAGGAUGGAGAGCAGUUACCACCUGGCAUCUUUGUGUAUGGGGGACCUUGGAAGUACCUCACGUUUUUGAAUGUAUUACUACAAAUGUUUUUUUUUGGACUGGCCGCAGUGAAUGAUCUCCAGUGUGGGAAAAACAGUGAAACUCCUCUGAACAGAUGUAAAGAUGUCCUUUUCUCAGUUUUUGCCUUCCCCGUGGGCACGUUUGUUGUUCUGCUGUUCUGGACCAUCUUUGCCUAUGACAGAGAGUUAGUCUACCCGGCAACAAUUGACGCCUUCUUCCCACCUUGGAUAAACCAUGCCAUGCAUACAUUGGUCCUUCCUAUUUUACUCGGAGAAGUUGUGGUGGAGCCACAUGUCUACCCACAGACUACACAUGCACUGGUUACUCUGGGUGGAGUGGGACUGGUUUACCUAUUCUGGAUUCUUUGGGUGUACUUCUCAGUCGGGAUUUGGGUGUAUCCCCUUCUUGGGCACUUCAGCAGUGUUGGUCUGGUGUUUUUUUUCUGUUUUAACAUGUCAGUGGUGACAUUGCUCUACCUUCUGGGACACAAACUCAACAACCGUAUGUGGAAGAAAACCAUAAAUCCGCACUAGCAAAUGAAAGUCAUCAAGAUUCCAUUGCUUUUCAUUUGCAAAAAAACCCAAACUCUCAAGUCAAAUGUAAAAAGAAAAUACUUCCUGUUCUUUACACAGACCAUUGGAAAACAAGUUGCUAAACAUCUGUCAACAAAUGUUAGCAUUGCUGUGUUAAACAUUAUAAGAUAACCUGAGAAGUGUUAUAUCCUAUUAAAGCAAGCG